UUGACGCGCGGCGCAUCGGUGGCGAGACCUGUCAGAGUUCAAACGAGGAAUUAGAGAAACGAGGAACGUCAUCUGAGACCAUGGACGAGACUAAAACUAAGUUACAAUUAUUUUCGCAGCACCUAACGUGAUUUUGUUCGUUUUAAUCCGCCAAAAUCCGCUGCGCAACUGGGAAUUAUGGAGCGCGCGGAGCUCAACGAGGCAAAGCCGCCAUCCAAAGCUAACCAGGAACCCAUCCGAUUCGGGAUCGACCAGAUUCUGGGCUCUCUGGACCCGGACAGCAGCCGUGGAAACACUGUGGAUAACAGCCGCUUGAGAAGCCCAACCAGGGCGAGCGUCGUGCCUCAUGUCUCCAUACCUGUCUCUCCCUCGCUGGAGGACUGCGGGCGGGUGUACGGGGUGAGCGGCUCACUGGUGCCCGGUGGAGUGAUUCGGGUCCCGGCGCACAGACCUCUGGCUGCCGCGGUGCCGCAGGGCAUGUUGAGCGCGGCACCGGCGCUGUGUUUCCCUUGGAUGGACAAUAAUCGCAGGUUCCCUAAAGACAGACUGCCAGCUCUCAUUCCGUUCACCGUGACCCGGCGGAUCGGUCACCCGUAUCAGAACCGAACUCCCCCGAAACGGAAAAAGCCCCGCACGUCGUUCUCUCGCGUGCAGAUCUGCGAGCUGGAGAAGCGCUUCCAUAGGCAGAAGUAUCUCGCGUCCGCGGAGCGCGCGUGCCUCGCCAAGAGCCUGAAGAUGACGGACGCGCAGGUCAAGACCUGGUUCCAGAACCGCAGGACCAAGUGGAGAAGGCAAACAGCCGAGGAAAGAGAGGCGGGACGUCAGCAAGCCAAUCGGAUGCUGCUCCAGCUUCAGGCCGACGCCCUCCAGAAGUCCAUGAGCGAAUCAGUGUCGUCGGAUCCUCUGUGUGUUCAUAACUCCUCCCUCUACGCCCUCCAGAACCUGCAGCCGUGGGUCCAAGAGAGAGCUGGGAAAACCACAACACUGGCUUAAAUCCCUCCGGACCCCUCACUGUCCCGCACACUGAGAAGGGAAAGAGGAGGAAACACUGUCUCUGAUAAAAUUAACCAGGCUUUUUGACCGCCUAUUUUAUAAGUGAGGAGCAUUGUGGGAUAUCUCUGUGAUUGUUAUGGACACUGAUGUAAGGAAAAGGUGAAACAUUCCCAGAAACUACACAGCUCUGUAAAUAUACACUCUAAAAAUGCUGGGUUGUUUUAACCCAACUUUGGGUCAAAUAUGGAAAAAACCCAAAUGUUGGGUUAAAAAUGUAAAUAAUGUAACCCAACGCCUGGGUUUGUCCAUAUUUGACCCAAAGUUGGGUUAAAAACAACCCACUGUUCAAACUAUGUCUGUAAGAAAGUCUACAAAAUAUUGUGCUGUAUUGUAAUUAUUCUGUGCUAUUAUGGUGACGAAUAAUGUUUGCCGUUGUCGAUGACGUGUUUGGACCCGGAAAAGCAAUGGUGUGUAAAUAUAACACUGAACAAUCAGCAUUAUGCAUCGAAAAUUUUAUUGUUAAACAGUUUAUACAUCAUUUCAACAAGAGGAUAUUUAAGCUUCCCGUCUCCUGAAUCUGUCUGUCUGAUUGAGCGUCUGUCUGUCUGUGGAGCGCGGUCAGCUUUAUACACACACUGCCGCUUCUAAUCCGCUUAUACAAGCCCACUUUGCAGAGUAUAAAAUAUACAAUGAGUCUAAUAAAUCCAAUAUCAUCCUGUAUAUUUUAAACUCAUCACGCUGUAGCGGCACAGUGAUUGUUCAAAAACACACGAUCAAAUGAUCAGAAAUGAUAAUAAAGAAGCAUUACUAAGGUUA